UUGUGGAGUAGAAGGUUUAUUGGGAGGAGGAGGUGGAGGUUUUUGAGGGGUUGAAGGUUUUUGUAUAGUUUUAAGAGGAGGUUGAUGAGGUGUAGGAGAAGGCGGAGAUUGCGGUAUUCUAGGAGGGCAUGGUAGUUGAGGAGUUGCAGGUUUUUGAAUUUUUUUAGCUGGAGGUGUAGUUUUAUUUGAUGGAGUGGUAGGUGAAGAUGGCGGUGGAGGUGAAGAUAAAGGUGGAGGAGGAGAACCAAGCUUUUCUUCAUCGAAUUUCAAACUUCGUUUUGGGCGUCCAACUCUUGGAGGUGAAAUUAGAGUUGGCCUAUCGACAAAACUAUCAGUUUUAUUUUGAGGAGAUUCUUCAAGCGAUCCACUUUGGUGUUGUAAAGUGGAUGUUAAAAAUUUUAGUAAAUCUUCAGGUUUAUUGUGUGAGCCUCUUGGUACAGGGACUCUUAUAA